AUGAGUGUGUUGUCAAGCGGCAAAACGCCUGUGAUAUUCUACGACCGAAAAUAUCUAUACCACCCCACGGAUCCCAGUGGAUGUCGCUACAAGUGCAUAUUUCAUAAUAAUACUCGAAAAUUGGGCAAAGGUGACGUUGUGGUCUUUUCCGACAAGUUUUCUCUUGAGGAAGCAAAGAGCCUUAAGCAAAGGGGAGUUCUGAUAGCUUUCGAGACUGGUGAAUCCCCAUUCCACAUGCCGUCUCUGGAAGCGUCUCUGUUGAGUCAAGUCGACAUGUUUAACACAUAUAUGGCUGAUUCACCCGUACCCUACAUGUAUCCCAUGUUCGUCCGGAACACAAAGCGCAAACUGAAAUUCACCAACGAAGAAAAGAGUGCCAUGUUGGCAAAAAACAACACUUACCUGCUGCCUCACUAUCACAAACAGAGAAAAAACUUAAUCGCCUGGGUGGUUUCCAAUCACUGGCCGAGAAACAACAGAAAGGAGUACGCAGAAGCAAUUGCAAAGUUCAUUCCGGUUGACAUAUACGGUCUGGAAGGAAAAAAAGUUCCAAUUGGUCUUGAUGUAUUUCAAUGGCUCUCGGAGAAUUACAAGUUCUAUUUGGCUUUCGAGAAUUCUAAUUGCAAAAACUACAUUUCGGAGAAACCUACUGAAAAUGCAUUGAGAUCAGUUAAUGUUGGCAGUUUUGGCAUGGUUCCGAUUGUUCUCGGAGCUUACAAGGAAGACUACGAUGAUGUUCUUCCACCUCACUCAUAUAUCAACGUGGAUGACUUCGAGUCCAUUCGCGAGUUGACCGACUACCUACUCUACCUAGACAGAAAUGAUACUGCCUACGCUAAUUAUUUUGCCUGGAAGGAACACGGUGAAAUCUACAAAGAAAAUCGAAUGGAUUGUCGGCUUUGUGGUUUCAUGCAUCAACUGAACGAACAGAAGACCAGCCUUGAGUGGCCACGAUUCCCCGAUUUCGUCGAUCCGCAAAGACUCUGCUUCAACCGACCACUGCUACCACUGCAGUGA